AUGGGGGUUGAAUUGUUGAAGGAGCAUUGUCUUGGUUACAGAGCUGGUUACAUAGUUGACUUUGCUCGACGUGUUAAAAAUGGUAAAAUUGAUCUUCAAAGACUUGAAGUUCAAAAUCCAAACUACUAUUUCCCUAAAAUCAAAGGAUUUGGACCUUUUGCAACUGCCAAUAUACUAAUGUGCCUCGGAUUUUACCGCCAACUUCCAAUUGAUACUGAAACUAUAAGGCACUUGAAACAGGUUCAUGGAAUACAAUUUUGCAACAACAAGACAGUACGGGAAGAUGUCAAACUAAUUUACGACAAGUAUGCUCCUUUCCAAUGCUUGGCCUACUGGUUGGAGCUUGUGGAGUUUUAUGAGAGCAAAUUCGGGAAGCUAAGUGAACUGUGCUCUCUUGAUUAUCACAAGAUCAGUGGCACCACACUUCAACUUUGA